AUGAGGCUGCCACUUCUUGGUCACACGGCACUCGCCGCUUCCGUGGCCGCUGUUCUGGUCAAUGGCCAACAGCAGACCGGAAACACUUCCAACAGCACGAACCCAUUGGUCACACGCUUUCCUGAGGAGCAGAUCGAUGUCCAACUGAACCUCACGUCAGGACCGUACGACAACUACUUCUUGCGCUCUAACGGCACUUCCGCCCAAGUGUUGCUCACGAACACGAGCUCGUCGAACCCGACUAGCAACUCAACUAGAGCCACACUGAAUCGCUUCCUGGUCGCUUUGCCCGCUGGCAACUCCGGAUCUGUGGCGUUCUUCCUCCCGUACACGAAUGGAACCAACGCCACUGAGGGCGGCAACACGUCAGCGUCAGGCUUGACAGUCACGCUCGGCGAGAGUGGACUCAAGAGUGCCUAUGGUGACAAUGGUCAGGCUGGUGUCACAGGCGAGCUGCUCUUCUCGCAGUCUGCCACGCUCGGCACCACGCUACUCGGCUCCAUCAGGACCGUCCGAGACUUCACCGAAGGCAACGGUCUCACCAACGAGAUCUUCAACUGGACUGUCACCCAAGCCGACAAUCAGACUUUGUGGCUCAGCAAGCCCUGGCUCAACGAGAGCAUCAUCCGCGAUGCUCAAGGUCAGGAGACGGGUCGAGGGCGAUACUCGCUCGAGUGGCUUCUUCAGGCCAACAACGGCACUUCCUUUGACAUCACUCCGUCCAACAAUGGUACCUACACGCCCCCGACCGUCAACAUCAUCACCCCAGCGGUGAACACGAACGACACAUCUCGAGCCAUGGCUCAGCCUGGCUCGGUCACGUUCACCGUGACGGUCAACGAGACUGCCCUGGCCCCACUGUCCGUGGACACCCUCUUCGCUCCCGACACCACCGCUUCCAUGCAGCCGGACGCCCAGGAACAAUUCUCCUUCCUCACCUACGCGUCCAAAUUCACCGCUGGUGGCUGGCGUUUCCUCACCUACUUCGGCCGCGACACCAUGUUCACGACGCGCCUGUUGAUGAACAACAAGACGCUCACUCCCUUCGCCAUCGAGUCGGUGCUCGGUGGUGUGAUUGAGCGCAUCAACAUCACGUCGGGCCAGGUGUGCCACGAAGAGACUAUCGGCGACUACGCCACGUUCGUCAACAUCGGCGAGGGUCACCCCGAGAAGGGCAACGAGCCAGUCUUUGACUACAAGAUGAAGGACACUCACUAUGUUCUCCUUCCUCAGCUCGCCGACUACCUUCUCCGAUACAAUGCCACCUCGUCGAACACCACUUCGUCUAACGGCACUUCGUCCAACCCGACCGCGUCUGAUGCGGCCACAGAAUUCCUUUCGCGCAACGCCACGCUCGCAAACGGCACCAGCUACGCCGAGCUCGUCUACGCCAACGUUGAGUACGUCCUCAACUCGUCUGUCGCUUUCGCUCAGGACUCCAACGACUUCCGCAACUUGGCUCGCAUCCAGCCUAACAUCAGCGUUGGUUCAUGGAGGGAUUCCAACCAAGGGCUAGGCUGGGGAACUUACCCAUACGACGUCUCAACUGCCCUCGUUCCUGCUGCGUUGUACGCCAUCUCUGAUAUGGCGAAAGCAGGAUUGCUGUCGAACUUCACUUCGACAGCUGUCAAUGCAAGUGGGGCGGAAUUGGGCGACCUGGCGGCAAAUUACGCAUCCGUGUGGGAGUCAGAAGCGCCUAAAUUCUUCCAAUACGCUAUCUCAUCUCAAGAUGCGCGCAGCCGUCUCGAGGGGUACGUUCAGCGGGCGAACCUGUCGUCGUCCCUGCUGUACGGACAGGGCUCGCUCAACACCUCCUCGUUGGCCACCAACAGCACCAACUCGACGGACAGCGGUAACUCGACCAGCAGCGGCAUGUCGCGCAGGUGGGGAGGAGUCACCUUCAGCCGCGAGGCUGAUUUCGCCCUUGCGCCGCGUCAGGAGUCGACCAACGACACGCAGGCUUCAUCCGGCAACGUGACGGUGUACGGUCUAUCUCUGCUCGACGACGGCACGGUCGUACCCGUGAUGAACUCGGAUCUGUCAUUCAACCUGCUGUACGCUCGUCAGCCAUCACGUGGUCUGAUCGAAGCGGUCAUCACCGCGCUGCAGCCCUACCCUCGUGGUUUGCUCACCAACGUCGGCAUGCUAGUCGCCAACCCGGCGUACGAUCCCAACACGACCAAGACCGAGGAGCUCGAUCGCACCGCUUACCACGGUACCGUCUCGUGGGGCUUCCAGACCAACUUUAUGGCUUCCGGUCUCGAUCGUAUCAUCGCGUCCUGCGAUACGUCGGCCAACCGCACCGAGGUGGAGAAGUCCGGUCUCACGGAGCGACCCGACUGGUGCGACGAUGACCAGCUGGUCAGCGACCUCGUUGACGCGCAGAGCAGAUUGUGGCAGGCGAUCAACGGUGCGUUCGAAGAGAGGUUCGCAGAGGUCUGGAGCUGGACGUGGAGCAACGAGACCGAGAGGUUCUCGGUGACGGCCUUGGGCGAGAUCAGCCCCGAGGGUACCGAGAGCGACGCGAUCCAGCUGUGGAGCUAUGGUCUGCUGGGCAUUCAGGAUCCCACCAACGGCGGCAUGAGUGCUAACUCGACGUCGGCUUGA